AUGCAGAGUGGGCCUUCACACAACUCGGCCCUACCAACCGACCAGCUCCAGCUCCCUAUACUUCCCACCGCACCGAUGCCUCAUUCUGGCCACUUGCCCCAUUCUCCCUUUGUCCCCUGUCCUCUCGCCAACUCUCCUUUUGAUCAGUCCUCCCAGAAUCGACGACUGGCAGGCCGGUUCGCCCACUCCCAUUUGCCCAACUCCUCUUGUCCUCCCUUCCCCCACAGCGUACUCAUGGGAUUACUCCCUCGGGCACUAUGCUCUGCUGUCGUCCAUCCAUUUUUCCCAGUCUCCUAUCUAUCACAUGGAAUGACAAAAUAUGUCUCUGGAGGUAUAAGAGAGAGUAUGCUGGGCUGCAACUCGACUUCACCAGCACAGGCAGGGCAGCCUUGGCAUAGACGCCACCAGAGGACUCUUGCCAAGAAAGUUGCCUUCACUCUGGCCUGA